AUCGUACUAUGCACCGCGAAUCUGAUCGAGAUCAUCGUGGGUCGGUGCCUAGCCUACAUCCUACACCAUGCACCAUGCAUGCAUGGGGCACAUGUACAGUAUAGCAUCCCGUUCACCACCAUGCCGCACGCCGACGACAACUUCGCGCCAAUCUUUCGUUCGCCCGCGCCUUCGACCCGCUGAUCACGAUUCAAGUUGCACCAGACCCGACUCGACUUCUCACUAGAACUCGCGCUAACACUCCACAAGGUGCGGCCGCACAUGGCACCGUAAAGCAAGUGUCGAAGUCAAACUAGACGCGUCGGUUUUAAAGUUCGCUUCUUUCUUCGUGACUCACAACUCGACGCCCUGGAGCUUCAGAGAAGCUUCUCAGUCCCCGCCCCUUCUCCGGUCCGACUCGUCCGAGUGCCUGGACUUCGCAAUUCCAUUCAACGUACCGCACAUACUGUCUCAACCUUGCACAACAAGUAUCCCGGGCCCCGGCGCCUCCUCGCGCUUUCGUCACUGCCAUUGCCAAUGAGGCACGCCGUUCACGCUGAGUUUUCUGACUCGCCACGCGGAAGCAACAAAUGCGGUCAAGUUUUCAGGGUGGGCCACCGGACAAAUGAAGCGUCGUGUACCUAGCUUAUUCACUUAUCAGCGUCUAUCUCCUCUUAUCCUCACCCGCAUGCACACGCAUGUGCAGAUAAGCUCCACGAAUGCAUUAAUGAU